UGGGCACCGAUUUUGUUCACAUCUUAUCCUUGUGUUCUUCUCUUGCUCUGCAUAUAUCCUCUCUAGCAAAGCUUGCUGUAUAUUCACUAUCCACAACAAUGGCUUCAGGUGCGGCAGCUGCUUUCAAGGCGGCCGCCGUGGUUUCCGUUUUCGCCGUGCUGGCCCUGUCUUCCCAUGGGCAUCCGAAGACGGGGCCACUAUGCAGCCAAUGUGCAUCGCAGUGCAAUACAAAUUGCACUGCCAGCGCUGCCGCGAACUGCAACAGUUACUGCAGCGCCCCAUCCGGGUGCCAGAGCUGCAUAGAUCAGGUCCUCCAAGGGUGCCAGAACUGCUGCAACAAUAGCACAAGCAGCUCUGACUGCUGCGGCAACGGCUGUGCCGGCGACUGCGUGACAUGCGGCUGUGACUGCAACAGCAUCGUCGGAAUUCGUUGCGCGCCAGCCUGCAAACCCAACUAUUUAGCAUGCCAAGCUUGCAAGAACGCGGUUGGCCAACAGUGUCAUACCUCUUGCAACAGCGCCUGCAACGAUAACUGCGUGAAGAAAGACCAUGGAUGUUGAGCUUUGGUCAGUGUGUAUGCUUGUGCAGUUGUGCAUCCAUGUAUGGAUGAGUCUGUCGUUGUAGUAUCCAAUAAUAUGAAGAGACGUACCUCUGAAUCUCUCUCUGAUCGAUCUGGGGUAUGUCUAUCAUAAAGUAUUUAGCAAUGUACUGUUUCAGUAUUUUAUAUGGAAAACAAGUUUUC